GAGCCAUACUUAUAUCUACCUCGCUGCCCCUCUCUGUGACCUGAUACCACUCUCGUCCUCAUUGCUCUAACAGAAUCCUACCUGCUAUCCCGUCGCAGUACCAAAGCACCUUUCCAUAACCGAACGACAUAUAACACAUUCACAAUGGCAUCCUCCGACCGUCCUGAGCCUCUCCGUCUCGGUUCAAUCGCGCCCAACUUCAAGGCCGAAACCACCAAAGGCUCCAUUGACUUUCAUGAGUUCAUCGGCGAUAACUGGGUCGUCCUUUUCUCGCAUCCCGAAGACUUUACCCCAGUGUGCACCACUGAACUAGGAGCUUUCGCCAAGUUGGAGCCUGAGUUCACAAAGAGAGGCGUCAAGUUGAUCGGUCUGUCCGCCAACACCAUCGACAGCCACGGCGACUGGAUCAAGGACAUCAACGAGAUCAGCAACACCAGCUUGAACUUCCCCAUCAUCGGAGACAAGCAGAGACAGGUCGCUUUGUCAUAUGACAUGCUGGAUCGUCAAGAUGCGACCAACGUGGACUCGAAGGGCAUUGCUUUCACUAUCCGAUCCGUCUUCAUUAUUGACCCCAAGAAGACCAUCCGAACCAUCCUCUCCUACCCUGCUUCGACCGGUCGCAACACCGCUGAGGUGCUCCGAAUCGUCGACUCUCUGCAGACUGGCGACAAGCACAAGGUCACCACCCCGAUCAACUGGGUGCCAGGUGAUGAUGUGAUUGUUCACCCAUCCGUCAAGACCGAGCAGGCCAAGGAGAUUUAUCCCGACUUGAAGAUCAUCCGACCAUACCUGCGGAUUACUCCUCUGCCCAAGGAGAAGACCAGCGCUGCUGUCUAAAUGUCGAAUCACGAGCAAGAAUAUCAUGUAGACGAAUCAAGGUGUUGCAGGUCAAAAAUAAUACAUCUUGUCCAGUAUAUGGGCGCAUAUGCGGCGCUU